CUUGUCUGAGAGCGCACGCGGGAAUGUUUCAGCGCUUACUCAGCACUGCUCGAGCCUGUACGCAGGAGGAAUGAAGGGGAUCGGCGGUGGUGAAAGACAAUUUAAUAUUUAAGCGGAAGGUGUAAAGGCCAUUCUUCAGAGGCGCCUCUGUGUCGUGUUUUUACAAGAUGGUGAAUCAGGAAAGUCUGUGUUGUAUUUAAUGUGAUCACAGCAUCAUCUACUGGUAGAAAUAAGUCACGUCGCCUUACACCAAUGCGGAGUCUUUGUUUUGUCCCUCUUGCUCGCCAUAGUUGUUAUAAUCCAAAAUGGCAGCAUCCUUGAGGACGUUUUGUACCGCAGUGUCUAGGAAGUCUGUACGCCCAUUUUCAUCGACGUGUGUGACCCAUGCAGGAAAGAAGUGGAGACUGGAAAAUGGUUUAGCACGUAGUGGAUCGGAGUAUGGACCAUUAACAGAUCUACCUGACUGGUCGUUUGCAGAUGGAAGGCCUGCACCUCCACUAAAAGGACAGAUCCGCAGACAAAAGCAAAGAGAGGAGUUUGCUAGAAGAGCAGUGUAUCUCAAUGCAGAGGUGGAUGAAGGGAUGAAGCAAUGGCAUGAAAGGAAGGAAGUGGAGAAACAGAAAGAAGAGCAUGUGAAAUCAUUAUUGCUGAAACCUAAAGGAAAUGUAUUAUUAAAGAACAAAAAAUAAAGAUACUUGGGGGACAAAAAA